AUGAGCACACCUAAGGACCACGUCAAGAAAGCUGUUGAAGCAAAUUUAAGUCCAGAUUUGUCGCACAAGCCAGCAGGCUCACCGGCUCAACGCACCUUCGCUCAGUCAUGGCUUGCCAUACCACGUAGACAGCGUCUUGUCCUUUCCUGCAUCCUCUUCGGUACUGCUCUGGCUGGUCUUUACAUAUCCGACAAACUGGAAGAGAAGGUUCCUGCUCAGGGUGACUCUGUCAAGAAGCCAGGGCCGAAGUCCUGA